AGUACCUCUAAAAAACAUAUUUAAUAAAUGCUCCGUGCGAUUAGUUAGGCAAUAAAGCACGCUGGUUGCUGAAUUGAACUGGUAAAGCGCCGCCGCACGUCUUCAUCAGAGAAUCCAAUUUCGUGUUGAAGAACUGCUUUUGGAACUCGACGAGUCGCUGAGGUUCUCUUCUUCAGGAGGUUGACUUUUUUUUGCUCUAGGUGUUAAACUAUUUUGCUGAUUCUGUCAACUGGUAUGGUUUUAUUGAAUUUAUGGACAUAAUUAAGCUUGACUGUUGGAGUUUGUUAAUCCGAUUGAAUUUGGGGCAAUGGAAUUCCUAAGUAAUUGUCUAGAAUUUAUUAAGUACUCUAUUGAUUUUUCACUUCAAGCUAUUCAGGCAAUGCAUGCAAUGGGUCAGCCUGAUCGUGUCUGUUUUGUUAUGACUUCCCUUUGAACCUAGGUUUUCUUUCUUUGUUCGUUUACAUAUGCUGUAUGGUGUAACUAAAACAUUAAUCAAACUAUUAAUAUGGUUUCAGUUGUGGUUUAUUAACUUUUUUGAUCCCCUUGCUAAGCAUCUAUUAUCAAAACCUAUUUCAUCGAAGUUGAAGAAUCAAGGUCUUACUGUCAGAUCAGAACUAAAGAAUGGCCAUAUGUACCAAAGAAAAUAUUUGUAGUCGAGUAUAUUUAUUUUUCCCAUGUAAGUAACUACAUUUAUCUGGGACAGUCUGAAACAGACAAUAAAUUUAGAUUAUGUGAUGCGCAUCUUUGCUUGUGAUGCUUCCCUGGUGGGAUAUUAGAAUGGAGCUGGAGUUUAAUAAGUUUUUUCGAUUAUAUUAUUUAAAAAAUUGUAUUUACAUUGAUUCUCUCAAAAUUGCUGAAGCUGUGUGGUGAAGUUGGCCCUGAAGAAAUAAGCAAUGCCCGUAGCAUUUGUUUUCUUCACCAUUGGUGUUAGAUAUGAAAGUAUUUGGAUUUGUCACAUGGACAAGAAACUCCUGCAUCCAACCACCAACCACCAGGCACCUGCUACCAAACACACAUCAAAAGACGUAGGGGUGCCUGUAUGUUUGGUGAUUAGACUGUUGACUAUUAAUUUUUUACAUGGCACUACUAUUUGGUCUUCUUGUAUGUCGAGAUGUUUGUUGCUUAACAUUUUGUUUGAGCCCUUUUAUAUGUGCACAUGUAGACACACACACACGCUCCUGCACCUGAAACAAACAUGAUUAGCCCAUCUCUAGUGUUAAUAACUACACCGUGUCAGGGGGAAGUGAUCAUCAGUAAUGGGAUGUUUUAUGUUGCAGGAUAAUACCAUAUAGAAAUCUGAAUAAGGACUAGGUGAAUACACAAGUAUAUGACAAUGUUUCCUCAUCUCAUGAAAUCUUUGUUUAUGAUAGAUGUCAAGCGCUUGGACAACAAUGAGCUUUGCAAUCAUACUUAGGGAUGUAGGAUGGGAGUGGGAGACUUCAGGGUGGAGUCUUUGGUAUUUUUUUUAGAAUUGGAAGUUCUUGCUCACUCUAUGAAGAGCUAUUCAUCUGGCAAAUUUUAGAGUUUUAGAGUGGAUGAGGAGAUAUUUUAAUUCAAAUAAGUUAUAGCUUUGGAGUAUCUUGGAGCACAUGAACAACGGAGCUUGAGGAGCGCCACCGCUCAACUCAAGGAUUGCUUUCUUGCUCCUACUAUUAACUUCUUCCUCAAAGUCUAAAAAUGAGUGGUCGUUUCUCAAGGACAAUCUAUGUUGGAAACCUUCCAGAUGAUGUUAGAAAACAUGAAAUUGAAGAUUUGUUUUACAAGUAUGGCUACAUUUUGGAUAUUGAAUUGAAGGUUCCUCCUCGCCCACCUUGCUAUUGUUUCGUGGAGGUACUUCAACCUUUUGACAGUCCUCUGGAUGCAGAAGAUGCCAUCAAGGGCAGAGAUGGCUAUAACUUUGAUGGUUGUCGACUGAGGGUAAGAACAAUUAAUGGUUUCUAUAACUUCAGGUUGAACUUGCACAUGGUGGUAGGGGACAAUCUUCAAGCAAUCGUCGUGGUGGUUAUGGCGGCGGCGGCGGUGGAGGCGGUGGCCGAUAUGGUGCUUCUCGUCAUUCUGAAUAUAGAGGAUCAUAUGCGAAAAGCUGGGGAUGUCUGCUUUGCUGAAGUUUCACGAGACAGGGAAGGAACCUAUGGCCUUGUUGAUUACACAAAUUAUGAGGACAUGAAAUAUGCUAUCCGUAAGCUUGAUGAUACUGAGUUCAGAAAUCCUUGGACUAGAACUUAUAUUCGGGUGAAGGAACUCAAGGGCAGUUCAUCGAGAAGCCGGAGUAGGAGUCGCAGUAGAAGUAGAAGUCCCAGGAGGAGAAGAUCACUUGAUCGAUCUGUUUCGAGGUCACCAUCUGCAUCUCCUAUUAAGGCGCCCAGAUCAAGGUCAAGGUCGAUAUCGAAGUCUGCAUCUCCUCGUGAGGUAAAUCACAUGCAGAACAUUUCUUUGCACUAUUAA